AUGUCUUUGGAAGAUACGAGCUACACCGACUGCCGAAUUUCAGGUGACCGCUCGACCUGCUCAUCACCGUAAGUUCGGCGAAUAUCACUUUUUGAAUACUUUUGUCGACCUCCUUAGGAAUAUUUAAUUUCUAAGCUCGGUUUAUUAUGCUACUGGAUAUCUUCAAACCUUCAGUAUAGUUAACACGCGCAAAGUUGAGAAAUAAGUCUGAACCUCCUUAUUUCCAGGUAGAUGGCGCAUGCUUUUAACUGGCCGGUUUUUCGACCUGCUAGGAGUUACCGGCUUCUACCUUCUGACCACAACCGACUUAAAGUAAUAUUGGCAGAUUAUUUGCAGUAGUACUGGGUCUUUGAGUCUUGCAGGAGGCCAAACGACUAACAUAAAUUUUGGUUCAAGCAAAUUAGCACAAAACGCCGAGAAAAGUUGCAUUCUUUAGUUCUGGCAUUAAUCACAUUAAUGGAAGUGGUUUGGUUUUUUCGCUGUGUCUUAGAUUUAGAGGAUAAAUAUGCAGACACCUACUGCUUGUAGUUUAAACUUUAGAGAACACCGAUCCCAUUAUUGAUGUAGAAUGAAGUCAUUCUGAGGACAAGCUUCCGGCUUGACUUCAAAAACUUGCAAACGUUUAAUUUUUAUAGCGAACUCACCUGCAACUUGUUACCGGCGUCCACCGGCGUUCCAAACCUCGGCAGUAUACUUCUUUCUCCUUCACCGUUACCGGACCACCCGCACUCUGAAGGCACGUGGAUCAAUACCUCUAAUGAGCGUUUUGCUCUUCCAAGUACAAAAACGCAAGAAAGACGUUCCACUAACAAACCUAUUCUCUUUCAGACCCAACUUACACACUGGCAUCUCUUCCAACAGCGCGAUUUUGGGCGCGGACGCAGAAAUUGACCAAGGACGCCGCGGUGGUCCCUCCAUUUCAGUUCUUCCCAGCGAGCUGCUGUUGGACAUUUUCCAGUUUUUGCCCCCCUUCGAGCUAA